UGUGCAAAUAUUUCAUUUUUUUCUCUUUAUUAAAUAAUUAUGUUAAAAAAUAAUUAAUAGACAACAUGUCGGACAAUGAUGAUUCUGUACAAGAAACCACAUCAUCAGAUUCAGAAAACAUUAAACAGGAACCAGCAAAGUUGAAGAAAGAAUCUGAUCGCAUACAGCCAGACUCCCAGGAUAUUAUGAACAUGUUUGCUAGUGUCUGGGUGAAGGUUGAGGUUGACGAGGAGCCCAGCAAUGGAGUAAAUUCUGAGGAAGUAAAUUCACUAGAGGAAGGCACCACGAGAAGGAUCACAAGGCAACGUCGCUUCGCUAAAACGCUCACCUGCGAUGUAUGUAACUAUUCUACCGUCUACAAAAAUUGUCUAGAGCUACAUAUGCUCGGGCACAACAACUCGAAACCGUACGGUUGCAACCAAUGUGAAUAUACAACGAAGUACCCAACGGCCUUGUACCGGCACGUAAUGAUAAAACACGAGAAAAAGACGUCCUCAGAAGAAAAGCAAGCGCCUGUCUAUAAAUGCGACCAAUGUGAUUACACGUCUUACUUCAAAUGGAACUUGAGUGCGCACAAACGCAAGCACAAAUUGGAGAAGCAGUUCAAAUGCAAGCAUUGCUCAUAUGCAACCGCGUACAGACAUAACUACUUGAAGCACGGUAAAAUACAUAAUGACACUAUGUGCUUUAAAUGUGACAAAUGCCCAUUUGUGACGAGGUUCGAAGGCCACAUCACUAGACAUUUAGCAAAGAUACACAACGAGGUGACAGAAAGAGCGAAUAAGUGCGACAUGUGCGAUUUCUCAACGAUAACAAGAUGGCGGUUGAAUGUCCAUAAACAAAGGAGUAAACAAGAGACACUAUUGAAGUGUGGGUAUUGUGAAUUUGAAACAUACUUCAUGUGUGAGAGUAAAAAACAUAAAGUAACACAUUACAACCUUAUCUAUGGUACUGGCAGAUCAUUGAAUAGUGUACGGAAUAACAUGCAGAGUAAUGUAGAGAAUACUAUACAGAAUGCUCUAGAACCGGUACAGAAUCUAGAGAAACCUAUGCAUAAUCCAUACGAUGAUGGCACAGAUAAUGUUAUGAAUGAUAACGUGAUGAAUGAUGAAGCAGAGAAGUAUUCGCAAGAUCCUAACUUACAGAAGUAUCACUUGGAUCCGAAUUGCGUUGAUUGGAACAGCAUCCAAGUUCUGGAGUCUGAGGAUAAGGAGAGACCGUUCCAAUGCCAUAUGUGUGCAUACACGUCACGAUUUAAAGCUUCAGUCCAACGUCACUUCCAAAGGCACCACACCGGCACUCAAAACAGACCCUACAAAUGUGUCAACUGCGAUUUCUCCACGAAAACGAAGGACCAAAUAGCUCUACACAACAAACGAAGCCAAUCAGACGUGGAAUUAUUCUGUGCCAUAUGUAAAUACACGACUACCUUCAAAUGCCAGUAUGUAAUGCAUCAAAAACUACACUAUGAGCACAAAUGUCCGAAAUGCAGCUACUCUUGUAAGCAUAAAUAUGAAUUACAGAAGCAUUUCGCUACAAUACACUUGGGGAACGGGCUGAAAUGUCAGUAUUGUGACUAUAAAGCGGCUAGAAAGGAGAGUUUGCUGUGUCACGAAACAAUCCAUACAGGUAUCAAGCCAUUCAAGUGCAACUACUGUGACUACAUGUCAGUACGGAGGUCGUUACUCACAAAUCAUGUUAAAAGAUAUCAUACAGAUGUUGUCACGGAUGUCACAGUGGUCAGCGACAGUCGAGUGGAGGAGCUAAGGCUGCCCAUAGACAGUUUGGACAAGUUUAAAAACAUAGACUUAGACUCCCAAAUAGAUUUAGCUUGAGUGAGUUUUAGUUUUUAAUUGUAUAUAUGUGUACAGGUUUUGGUUUCGUGGUCUCCAAUAAAUGCGGAACAGUUUCAACGGCGUAUCAAAGUCAUAUGCCGUGCGUCUUUCUUUGUUUCACAGACUCACAAAAAUCGGAUGAACAAUUUAUAUUUUUAACUAGCUGUACUCGCGACUUCGUCCGCGUGGAAUUUAACAAACAAGAAUUUUUCUAAAAUAAAAGUAGCCUAAAGUUAGUCCUUACUAUAUCAGCUACCUACCAAAAAAUGUUCCGUCAAAA